AUGAUAGAUUUGGAACCAUCAGUGAUCACAAAAUGCACCAAUUCAAUGCCCAUGAUCAACCCUCGCAACUUGCACGUGAGUGAGCAGGGUAAUGGAGCCGGAAACAACUGGUUGAAUGGGUAUAGCUACGGCAGUCAGUACGAGGAUGACUUGUUAAAUCUCAUUGAUCGUGAAUGUGACAAGUGCGACAACCUCAACAAUUUGCAAUUAUUUCAUAGCGUGGCGGGAGGCACAGGGGCUGGAAUUGGCUCGUUUUUAUUAGAGGCCCUCAAUGACCGCUACGGUAGCAAAAAAUUGAUGAAUACGUUUCUGAUUUUCCCAUCCAGUGAGGGCACUUCUGAUGUGGUGGUACAGCCAUACAACACUAUGCUCACGUUAAAACGACUUAUUGAUUUUAGCGACGCAACCGUCGUGUUCGAUAACGAUGCGUUGACAGGCGUGGAGAAUAUGAUAGUGAAAAACACUGGCUCCGAUAGGGCCACCUCUGCAUUCCAAGGACCCAACAAAUUGAUCGCCAUGGCUCUGGCGAGCAUCUCCAACCCUAUUCGGUUUCCCGGCUACAUGUACAGCUCCUAUGAACUGAUCUUGUCUACACUAGUGCCCACUCCCGAUCUCAAGUUUCUUUCUGCAGCCAUAGCUCCGGUAUCUGAAAUCGUGGGACACAAUUCAACCCGAUUGCAUGCCAUGAACGAGUACGAUUUGAUUCUCGAACUAUUGGACGACAAGUACAAAAUGAACCGUGUUUCAGAACCAGUUAACUACAUAGCGAUGCUCACCUACUUGAUAGGUUCUGAGUCUCAACAUGAGAUCAGAAAGGGAAUAAUCAAAGCCCAAAGUCGAGUUCAAUUUGUACCUUGGACUUCUUCUUCAGUCCAUGUUGUCAGUGGACACAAACCCUACAGCGCUGGUUCGCUUACAGGAGUGCAGAUAUCGAACAAUUCUUCUAUCGCCAGUAUGUUUACGAAGGUGGUGAAACAAUUUGAUCGUUUGGCCCAAAGAGGUGCCUACAUUAACAACUAUACCGAGUCCAACGAUGCCGCUGAGCGCGCCAGAGUUCUUGAAAUUUUCGCAGAAUGCAAAGAGUCCGUUAUCGGAGUAAUCGAUGAGUAUCGGGCCUGUCAAGAUCUUUCCUAUUUGGACGAUGCAUAA